UUUAAAUCUCAAGGUAAUGAGGAGUCAAAAAUAUUUUCCUAGAUGGUUCUUCGGAUUCGCAUCAGAACCGGUCGUUCUUGGAUGCAUUUUGCAAUUAGGAGUUUUGUUUACUGCUUAUAUUGUAUAUUCAAAAUACAAAAUGUCGUAUGAAAACAUAUUGUUUGCUGAUGCUUAUGCUGUUAAUGGGACUCCUCAGGGAUCAGUCAUAAGUGAAACUAAAGAACAUUCUUUAUUUUUGACUAUCCACUUGAGCCCUAUUGCUUCUCCACAAGAAUGUUUGGAGUCUAUUGGACAUAUUGAGGUAUUUUAUUGCGUGACAUGCUUUUAAUAUUUGCAUUCUGGUUAUACUCGGCCUCAUUCUCACGCAUCUGUAUUAGUGAAUGGGAAGAAAAUGUAUUAUUAGAUCAACAGAAUUUAACAUCUGUACACAACAUAAACUCAUUUGUAUGAAUAUGAGAAAUGAGCCAUACAGAUAUGUUAAUUCAAUUUGUCCAAGACAUUUGUGUCGUGAAGAUGAAAUUUUAUAUGGUGUCGGUUUCGGAUUUGAUUUCUUUCGAAAAAUCAGCCCUGAUUUUGAACACAAGAAAGUUGAACCCUUUCAAUAUCAUGAACGUUCAGGGGCUAUGGGUAGACUUCCUAAGACGGGCGGAGAUAUAUUUAUUCAUGCUAAGUGUAAUAAAUAUGGCAAGUUGUUUGAACUGACACAAGCCAUCAUUAAUAAUUUUCCACCCAGAUCUGUAGACAGAUUCGAGGAUAUUUACGGAUGGGUUUAUCGUAAUGGGCGUGAUUUGAGUGGUUUUAUUGAUGGAACAAUGAAUCCGAGAGAUCCAGAUGAACGGGCAGAGGUAGCAAUCAACACAUAUACAGGCGGAAGUUAUGGUCUUGUUCAAAAAUGGAUUCAUGAUAUGGAUUUGCUUCGAUCAACACCAGAUAAUAUAAAAGAAAAAUGGAUUGGUCGAACAAUUGAACAUAGUUUUGCAUUACAUGAUAAAUCUAUUACAUCACAUAUUGCUAGAAUGAUUGGAUCUGCAGAAAGAGGUAAAUGGCCAAAAUUUCGUAUCGUUCGACAAUCUCAACCAUAUGGUACAUUAUCUAGUGAAGCUGGACUAUUAUUCCUUGCAUAUGCAGCUGAAAUAAAAAAUUUCAAUUUUAUGCUAGAUCGUAUGACUGGUGAUACUGAAGAUAGAGAAAUAGAUGAUGUAAUGCGUUUUAGUCACUGUGUUACAGGAAAUUAUUGGUACUUUCCUAGUCAAGAAGAACUCACUCGUUUAGUUACUAUGGACAAACUAGAACCUUAACUCACAAGCUUAAUCAUAUUUUUAUAAAAUUAAUUUAAAUGGAUGAUCUAGUGAUUUUUCUUUCUUACUUAAACAAACGCUAUUUAGUAUUAUGACAUUCAGCGUUUGGUACACUUGUAUCUAACCUGAAAGUAUAUGAUGUGGUAUGGAUGUAGUGAACAAGAACACGAGUGGGAAUAAUCGGAUGUAUUUGAGCACAAAACUACAGAACAUCUCAAUACCUGCACUCCAGCGGCCUACUGAGUCAUCUGCAUCUGAUGUCCUUCCAGCAUCCUCACGUCCCACCGCUCCUCUACGUCUACAGCACCCUCCAGAGCCAACGCUACCAAGCUGGAAGACUACUCGACGUCACCUCUUCGCACCAGACUGCCCCUACUAGCACCUCAGCUCCAGGCCCACAACGGCGUCCGCAGGACAGCGCCCCUCCUCCUCCCGGUUGUCAGCGACACUAAACGUAUUAAGCAGGAACUCGAGUGGGCUCAAUCGAAUGUACUUGGUGCUACAUUACAGAGUAUCUCACUGAACCAUACAUUAAAUAGUUAAUUUGCAAAAUAUCAAUCAAAUGUCUCAAACUUGACUGUUUCUUCUGCAGAUAUCAGUCUAUUGUCUCAGAUUUCAUUGUUCAUACAGUUUUAUACCAACUGCCUUCUGUUCCUGUUCUUUCCUUCUCGAUCUUCUACUGAAAUACAUUCCGUCACUGACCAUCAUUAUAUACUACUUAUGUGGAUAUAAGUAGCUCACAUCACAG